CGCUGACCUGUGCGGUUAGGUCGGUCGCUGACUGCGGCGAUAUGGUUUUCUACGUCCCCUAGACGUAGAAUGAUCCCACCAAAAACAUAUUACCCCUGGUACAGUCUGCCGACACCGGAUCCUAUGGAACCAUAUAGCCGAACGGAUCCUCUGGUUGUCUUUCUCAAAGGGAUUUGUCUGCAACAUCGUUAUGGUGUUUUACAAAGAAAGCUACGUAUCACCGAUCCUACUCAAUUCAGUCGAUAUCGCGCUCGUGAUCUGCUGCAAGUUGGCAUGACUGAACUGGAAGUCAACCGUUUGGUCAGCCACCUGCUUGACCUUGAUAUGCCGAUUGGAAAUCUCUUGACGGAUUCAACUACCAACGCAGGAAAGACAUUCAGUUCAGGCGCGCUGUGGCACUCGAAUUGGGACCUUCGGCGACCAGUCGAGAAUCCCUAUAGUGUUUCUUCUCAUCUAUCUAAUGGACCGAAAUUACUGCGCAAGCUUUUUGGCAAGAAACCCAUCCCUCCAUCCAGUGCUCCCGUGUCACCAUCGCAUCAUCAUUAUGAACCACUCAGAACUCCAUCACCACCCACACAUGGCCAUCAUCGUAGGUGGGCACACGGUACCCCCUCUAGUCGCCGUUCCUCACCGCCAUUCGGUUUGCGGACCACUCCCACACCUUCCCCCACUCCAACACCACGAAGAGCUAGUGCAACCACGGCGACAAAAGUGACUGCUACAUCCACUUCGCCCCCUCCGCUGACUUGUCUGAUCCCCGAGCAAGAUAUACAACUUCAUUCACGUCUUGGAGUUGGUUCAUUCGGAAUUGUUCGCCGUGCCGAUUGGACCACACCUUCUGGAGAAGUAAUUCCUGUGGCCGUCAAACUUCUACGACCUGAAGCCAUCAUCGGGGACCAUUUCAAAGCAUUUCUUGAUGAACUCCGUGCAAUGCAAUCACUUUCCCAUCCCAAUUUGAUCCGGCUUCACGGUGUCGUUUUGUCCAAUCCCAUCAUGAUGGUCACGGAGCUUGCACCGUUAGGCAGUUUGCUACUCCACCUACGCGCUCAGUCUGUGUGCGCCAGUUCAAAAACAUAUUCCAGCAGUUCUUCCGAACUCUCCCACUUCCCACAAGUUCAUCCAGCCCUUCAGGUCGAUGCGCUUUGGGAUAUGGGAGUCCAGAUAGCCCAAGGAAUGUCUUACUUGUGCUCCCGAGGUCUGGUGCACCGUGACUUGGCCGCACGCAAUAUCCUCUUGGCAGCUGUGCGCGCAGGUGAAUAUCCUCAGAUCAAAAUCGGAGAUUUCGGACUCGUCCGGACAGUUACCACUUCCGUCGCCAGCUCUGUGCAUCAGACAGACCUAAGCUUCUCCGACGCAGUUUAUGCAGGUCACAUUGAACAACGCAUCCCAUUUGCAUGGUCUGCUCCGGAAUCUAUUCGAAAGCGAAUUUUUUCGCAAGCCAGUGACGUAUGGAGUUGGGGCGUGACUUGUUGGGAAAUGUGGACCAGUGGGGCUGCUCCCUGGCCUGGUAUGGAUGCUCAAAGGCUUCUAGAGGCUUUGGACGCCGGACGUCGACUAGCUUGGCCACGCACCUGCUGCCCUCGACGCCUGUAUCAGAUCAUGCUGGCCUGUUGGCGUACAGAACCGCAUCGCAGGCCGACCUUUGCCUAUUUGAUUGAACGCCUGAACAAGAUACGUCCGUUCGAAGUUGUGGCCACCCAGACGUUCGAUGAGGCCGAUCGAUUAGGUCUCGAAUUCGGUGAUGUGGUUGUUGUGGUCGAGGGCCAGCCCCAUAAUUUUUGGUGGCGCGGGCAGAAUCGACGUACCGGCGAAGUCGGUUCGUUCCCCCGAAGCAUCGUGCGCCGCGAUGGAAAACUCUCACGUAUCAAAACUCCCGAUUACGUGUCUAAAGCCACUUCCAAAUAUGAAGUAGUCCUAGAUGCCAUGGUUGUUUCUCUCUCUUUUUGUCGUCAAUACGUACGUAUUCUCGUUUCUGUCUCUCUUGUAGCCGAAGAUAUCAGUCGUCCGAUCACAAAUACUUUUGUUCACGCAGCACACUUGGAUCCGAAUGGACAACGAUGGGGUGUUCAGGAUAAACGAAACUUACAACAUGGCCGCAUAAGUCCAGCUAGCUUGGAUGACUCGUUGAGCACCGACCACAAUGUACCCAUCGCAGAUCCCACACAAACGAGCCUGGGACUGUUUGACGAUCUGGACCGACUGCGGGACCGACAUGAUCCAGGUUGGUCAGAAGAAACAUGGUAUCCGAUCCAAGAUUCCACAUCAACUCAUAGCUUUGUUGACACACCAACGACCUAUCAUCAUCAUCAUCAUGCAAAUGAGGAUGCUUAUUCGUGUUUCACCGGUGAUGCUCCACUCAGUGGUAAACCCUCUCUUGAACAAUACGACGAUGAUGAGGACGAACGAGCUAUCUUGGAUCGGGCCCCAAACUCCUUGACUGGGAAUACGGAGCACGCAUUAAGGGACGUGAACAUCGGCAAGCGCGAGGUUUUGUGUGAUUGGACUUACGAAUC